AUGCAUUGCUUCUGGAAAUCAAGAUGGGCUGGCUUUUUGCUCCAAAACAUUAAAACUAAUAAAUCUAAGCCUCUUUUAUACUCCACAAAGCAGCAUAACCAACUGUCACUUGAGAUGCAAGAGGUGUGUAAAGUUGUUACGAGCUCGAUUGGUGGUUUGGAUGAGUUAGAGUUGAGUUUAAAUCAAUUUAAAGGUCAAUUAACAUCUCCUCUUGUUACACAAAUUAUAGAUUCUUGCAAACACGAGGCUCCCACCAGAAGACUCUUGAGAUUUUUUCUAUGGUCGCAUAAAGUUUUGGAUCCGGAGAAACUGAAAGAUGAGGAUUUCAAUCACGCCAUUCGAGUUUUGGCUGAGAAGCAGGAUCAUACAGCAAUGCAUAUUUUGAUUUCGGAUUUAAGGAAGGAAGGUCGCGUAAUGGACGCUCAAACUUUUGCUUUUGUAGCCGAAACGUUGGUUAAACUGGGGAGAGAAGAUGAAGCUUUGGGCAUAUUCAAGAACUUGGACAAGUUCAAGUGCCCACAAGAUAGUGUUGCUGUCACUUCCAUUAUAAGCGCUCUUUGUGCGAAAGGGCAAGCUAAGAAGGCACAACGAGUGCUUUCGCACCAUAAUUAUAGUGAAAUAUCCGGUGUAAAUCCUUUAGUUGUUUAUAAGUGUCUCUUGUAUGGCUGGUCCGUGCAGGAGGACGCGAAGGAAGCUCGAAAGAUUAUCCAAGAAAUGAAGGGAGAAGGGGUGAUGCCAGACUUGUUCUGUUAUAAUACUUUUCUCAGGUGCCUUUGCGAAAGGAAUCUUAAGCACAAUCCCUCUGGACUUGUCCCUGAAACUUUGAAUGUGAUGAUGGAAAUGAGAUCCUAUAGGAUUGAGCCAAACUCAAUUAGUUACAAUAUAUUGCUUUCUUGUCUAGGCAGGGCAAGAAGAGUCAAGGAAUCGUACAAGAUACUUGAGACAAUGAAAACAACAGGUUGUGCACCUGAUUGGGUGAGCUAUUUUCUUGUUGCGAGAGUGAUGUAUUUGACUGGGAGAUUCGGAAAAGGAAAUAAGAUGGUUGAUGAGAUGAUUGGGCAGGGGCUGCGGCCAGAUCGUAAGUUUUACUAUAAUUUGAUUGGUAUUCUUUGUGGAGUGGAGAGGGUGAGUUAUGCUCUUGAGUUGUUUGAACGAAUGAAGACGAGCUCACUGGGUGGUUACGGACCUGUAUAUGAUGUUUUGAUACCAAAGCUUUGUAGAGGGGGUGAUUUUGCAAAGGGUAGAGAGCUAUGGGAAGAGGCCACUGCUAUGGGUGUCUCUCUUGGCUGCUCCAGUGAUGUGUUGGAUCCCUCUGUCACUGAGGUUUUCAAGCCCACGAGGAAGGUGGAGGAAGAGGUCAAGCUAGAGAAAUUCUGCACAAACAACGUCCUCAGUGUCGAGCACAAGUCAAGAAGAAAAAGGGAAAGGUGA